CCACCAGCCAGGCAGAACAGCUGAAGUUCUUACGCCUCUCCGCUCCGGGCACGAUGAGUUUCACCACCCGCUCCUCCACCUUCUCCACCAACUACCGCUCCCUGGGCUCUGUCCGGGCGCCUAGCCACCGGAUCCGGCCGACCAGCAGCGCGGCCAGUGUCUAUGCGGGCGCCGGUGGUUCUGGCUCCCGGAUCUCCACGGCCCGAUCCAGCAGCUUCCGCGGGAGCUGGGGAUCCGGGAGUAUGAUGGGGGGGCUGGCUGGGAUCGGGGGGAUCCACGGGGAAAAGGAGACCAUGCAGGACCUCAACGACCGCCUCGCCUCCUAUCUGGAUCGCGUGCGCAGCCUGGAGACGGAGAACCGCAAACUGGAAGGGAAGAUCCGGGAGCAUCUGGACAAGAAGGGUCCCCGGAUCAGGGAAUGGGGCCACUAUUUCAGGACCAUCGAGGAGCUGCGGGCGCAGAUCUUCGCAAACUCAGUGGACAACGCCAGAAUCGUCCUCCAGAUCGAUAAUGCCCGUCUGGCUGCUGAUGACUUCAGAGUCAAGUAUGAAGCAGAGCUGGCCAUGAGACUGUCUGUAGAAAAGGACAUUCAUGGCCUCCGGAAGGUCAUCGAUGACACCAACGUGACCAGGCUGCAACUGGAGUCUGAGAUUGAGGCUUUGAAAGAAGAGCUGCUCUUCAUGAAGAAGAACCAUGAAGAUGAGGUAAAUUCUCUACAAGCACAAAUCGCAGGCUCGGGGCUGACUGUGGAGGUGGACUCUCCCAAAUCCCAGGACUUGAGCAAGGUCAUGGCUGACAUUCGAGCCCAGUACGAUGCUCUGGCUCAGAAAAACAGAGAAGAGCUGGAUAAAUACUGGUCCCAGCAGAUUGAGGAAAGCACUGUGGCCAUCAACACAAGAUCUGAGGAGGUGGAAGCUGCUCGAAAUACUGUCACCGAGCUGAAACGGACAGUCCAGUCCCUAGAAAUUGACCUGGACUCACUUCGAAAUCUAAAAACUAGCUUGGAAGAGAGCCUGAGGGAGGUGGAGACCCGUUAUGCGAUACAGAUGGAACAGAUCAAUACAGCCCUCCUACACCUUGAGGCAGAGCUGGGGCAGACUCGAACUGAGGGGCAACGCCAGGCACAAGAAUAUGAGGCGCUGCUCAACAUCAAAGACAAGCUAGAAGCAGAGAUCAACACCUAUCGAAACCUACUGGAGAAUGGGGAGGACUUCAAUCUUGUACAUGCCUUGGAUGGCAGCAGCAGCUCCUUACAAAGUAUACAUAAGACCAGCACCCGGAGGACCGUGGACGGCAAAGUGGUGGCAGAGACCAAUGACACCAAAGUUCUUCGGCGUUAGAGCCAUAAACUGAGGACCUGGGCCAAGGCCGGAAGUUAAUAAAGGCUCUUUGGUCACCUGGAA